AUGCUUCAGAUAUCAAAGAAGUUCAUUCCAAGGGUUCAAAACGGACUCUUGGGUUUUCGAUUUUUUGGUGUGUCUGCUUUUCUUUUCCAAAAUGUAGCAGAAGAACAGAUGAGAUCCCAUGAUGCUUCUGUUGGUGAAACUAAGCCUUCAUCUUUCACUAUUAAAAACCCGAAGAUGAGAAAGGCGGUUCUUCAAGGUUACAAGGAAUUUUCAGGUCCUCCAUCUUUAAAAUCAAGAACUAGCAGGGCUCGCUAUACAACCCCCAUUGGUCUUGAUGAGGUGUUCCCUCUUGCUUACAACAUUUUACAAGAACAUCAGCAAAAAUUGUAUUCAAAAGCUACAGAUCUAAAGCAACAAAUUUGCUCAACUCCUCAAACUGAUUUAGAGUCGGUCAAGUAUCUCAAAUCAGAGCUUUCGAAAACAUUGAUUAGUGCCGAAAUUGACAACCCUGAGGUUCAAUAUAAUUACAAAAUUGGCCAAAUCGACUGGGAACAACCAGUUUAUCGUCAUCUUGCAAAACAUGAAUGGCUUAAUUAUGAUCUUUUGGUCCUGAUGCAACGUUUGGAGUCUUUAUCGGUGAUUCCUGAUACUGAGCCUACACUUGAUCCCAAAGUCCAAGUUAAACUUCAAUUUCCUGGUUAUGUCAACAAAUAUGUUACGCCAGGUGCUAUGCUUCCUUCAGUUGUAUGCUCUCGCCCUCCUUAUUUAGAAAUUCAGGAGUUUGAAGAAGUCGCUCAGGAUUGUUUAUACACUGUUGUUAUUGUCGACCCUGAUACACCUGAUCUUGAAAAUGAUUCCUAUACAACAACUUUGCAUUGGGCUGUUUCUAAUAUACCAUUAUCUUUAAGUGAACCUGUUGUUGAAUUAGAGAAGUCUGAUGAACUUUUAACUUACAUUCCUCCCAUUCCCGAAAAAAAUACCGGCAAUCAUCGUUAUUCUGUUUGGGUGUACCGCCAAAAUGAAAAGAUAGAUAUUAAAUCUAUCCCUAAUAAUCUUGUUUCUAGAGAAAAUUUCAAGAUUAGAGACUUUUCUUCUCAAUUGAACUUAACGGCUGUUGGUGCUCAUCUGUGGCGUUGUCACUUUGAUAGAUCAACAGAAAAGGUACGGGAGAAAUAUGGCUUACAGUCUGGUAGAGUUUUCACGAGAACUAGACAAUAA